UGAAGAAUCUCGAUCCAUCAGCCCACGCCCACGCUACUCCUCUGCAUCUCCUUCCACACGCAAAUCACGACCACCACCCGUCGCAACCACCUACCUCCACGAAACAAACACGCGCGCACACACGCACCCACUCGACGCCCUCUCCUCUUCUUUCUUUUUUAGAACAAUUUACCUCGGCCCUUGAUGUUCCGCCCACGCACCCUCCGGGCUCUGCCCAGGGGUCUGCAGCAACCCGCCGUCCGAACAUCGCGGCGCACCUUGUUCUCCCGCCAGCGCAACUCGGCGUCUCGCCCCGUCGAACGAAUGAACAUCAGGCAGAUCGGCGAGGAACGCAUGAACUACGACCGCGACCGCACCUACUUCCUCGCCGCCGGCGCCAUCGCGGGCGUCAUCUCCUUCAUAUACACGGGCAACAAGCUGCUCAACGCCCUCGCCGCCGAGAAGAAGCGCAACGCCAACGCCAAUGGAAACGGAAACUCCGGUGGCUACCAGCUCGACUCGUCGGUGCCGACCGAAACUUUCACGACCGAGGCCGGCUCCAAGCGCAAGGUCGUCCUGCACGACGACGAGGGCAGGGAGGUGGUGCCCACGGGCAACAAGACGGUACCCAGCUUCCCCCGGACCAUUGAUCUGUCCCUGAGCCAGACGCACCGUGACCCGGCCGCGCCCAUCGCCGCCUCGGUCCUUGACGCGGACGGCGUCGAGUACACACUCGUCGGCCUCGGCAUCCGCACCGUCACCUUCCUGGGCAUCCAGGUCUACAUGGUGGGUCACUACGUUGCGACGGCCGACGUCGCCAAGCUGCAACACUACCUCACCAAGAAGAUCAACCCGAUCGCGACAACGCUCGUGCCCUCGGAGCGCGACAGCCUCAAGGCGAAGCUGCUGGACCCGGUCGAGGGCGAGGAGACGUGGUCGGCGCUCCUGCAGGAGGUCGGCUGCCGCAGCGCCUUCCGCAUCGUGCCGGUCCGCGACACCGACUUCCCCCACCUGCGCGACGGUUUCGUGCGCGCCAUCACGGCGCGCUCGUCGGUCGACAAGGACGCCUACGGCGAUGAGGCGUUUGGCGAGGCCAUGAAGGAGUUCAAGAGGCUGUUCAGCAGGGGCAAGGUGCAGAAGGAGAAGGAGCUGUUGCUGUGCCGCGACGAGAAGGGCGCGCUCGAGGUCGUCUUUGACGAUGGCAGGAGCUUCGGCCGGCAGACGAUCGGCAAGGUGCAGGACGAGCGCGUGUCGAGGCUGCUGUGGCUCAACUGGCUGGCCGGCCGCAGCGUCGCGUCGGAGCCCGCGCGGCAGAGCAUCAUCGACGGCGUCAUGGAGUUCGUCGAGAGGCCCGUCGGGACCGUCGCAACGCAGGUCGUGUAAACAAAAGGAAAGGAAACCGGCAAGGGAAAAAAAAUACAUUGUGGUAGAAGCUGUAAAAAAUAACUGUAAAAGAUCACUACUGGAUCUUGUGUACAAAUUAGCAGAGAGUUGCCAAGAAGGGGGCGACUCUGUAAAAACCAUCUUGAACGCUGAUUCUACUCCCAUAGGACCAAACUGGAUCCAGCAGUCAGGAUCAGUUACACAUUCACGACAAAAAGCUCAAGAAGGAAAUAAUC